GGAGACAUCUUUCUCCUCGUUCGGAACAAAAUUUUCGAUAUUUGGACAAGAAUCAGAGAAAAGAAACUGAAGAGGUGUGGCGAUUUUUGGAAGACAUUUAACAACAAUGGGAGAAGCGCCUGCACAGAUUCCGACGAGUUUCGGUCACGAGCUUAGGGCUUGUCUUCGAUGUCGCCUCGUCAAGACCUACGAUCAGUUUAGGGAUUCUGGGUGCGAGAAUUGUCCUUUCUUCAAAAUGGAAGACGAUCAUGAACGUAUCGUCGAUGUUACCACCCCUAAUUUCAACGGUAUAAUCUCUAUGAUGGAUCCACGUAGAAGUUGGGCUGCAAGAUGGCUAAGAAUUGAUGGGGAUAUUACUGCUACGUUAAUUAUAUCUUUUUGUCUACACCCGUUUGAGCGGGAAGUUUGCUCCUGGUUGCUACACUCUUGCUGUCUCAGAGGCACUCCCAGAGGAAAUGCAGUUCAUAUGCCAAGAAGUGCAGGUACAGUAUGUUCCGCCCAAACGCAUUUGAAUCCCUUUCCAUCAAGUGUCUCCAUAUUGGCAUCUCUGCAAGUCGUCGUCAGUUUCAAGAAGACUGAGUCCGAUGGAAGCUAUGAAUUGAAGUAGUUUAGUUAUGCACUUUGUUACUGAUCCUCUUAUUGUUAACAAUAACUUAUCUUGCCAAACUCAUUUGUGUAGUUCACCUCCGGAAGAUAAGAUAAUUUAUAUUAUUUAUCAAUUAUGAAAUGGAUUUUCUUUUGUC